AUGAAGGCAGCUUUCUUGGUUAGUCUUCUGCUGGUGGCUCUUGUAGCCUUUACCCAGGGUGCUCCUGAACCUGAACCACAGCGUGGCGGAGGCUAUGGUAAUGGUGGAGGUGGAAACUAUGGAGGUGGAAAUCGUGGAGGUGGAAACUACGGCGGUGGAAACUACGGUGGUGGAAACCAAGGAGGUGGAAACUAUGGCGGUGGAAACCAUGGAGGUGGCAACUACGGCGGUGGAAACUAUGGCGGUGGAAACCACCAACGUCCCUGCUACGGACGUCACUGUGGAGGAGGUGGGGGUUGCUUUGGUCGUCACUGUGGUUAG